AUGUUCGUUUCUCCAGUGACACUUCAUAGCCGAGCACAAGGUUGCAGUGCCAGAACUGGAGUCAGUCAGGAGCAGCGACGGGUACGAAUUGGCCCCAAAAAUCCCCUGGCUGAAUUAAAGUCUGGUAUCUCUGCGCCGACCUCAACGAAGGCAGCUCCGAGUGUAGCCGUGAAGGCGCCGCAGACGAUAACAGAGAAGAUCAUAGCCAAAGCCGCUGGAAGGAGCUUCGUGAAACCAGGAGAGAAUCUCUUUGUUGACGUUGAUGUGCUCAUGACACACGACGUCUGUGGUCCGGGGACGAUCGCAGUCUUCAAACGCGAGUUCGGUUCGGAUGCACCUGUCUGGGACCCUGAAAAGAUUGUCAUUAUCCCCGAUCACUACAUCUUCACUGCGGAUGAGAAAGCGAAUAGGAACGUGGAUAUUAUUCGGGAUUUUGCUCGCGAACAAGGCAUCCGUUACUUCUACGAUAUCACCGAUCGGAGCGACUUUCGGGCGAACCCUGAAUACAAAGGGGUCUGCCACAUAGCACUGGCGCAGGAAGGGCACUGCCGUCCUGGUGAGGUGCUUUUCGGGACAGAUUCUCACACGUGUACUGCAGGAGCUUUCGGCGAGUUCGCGACUGGCAUCGGGAACACUGAUGCAGGUUUUAUAAUGGGCACCGGUAAGCUCCUCAUCAAAGUGCCCGCAACAAUGCGCUUUGCCUUGAAUGGAACCCUGCCUGAUUACAUCAUGGCCAAGGAUAUCAUUCUCCAAAUCAUAGGCGAUAUUGGUGUCGCUGGCGCUACCUACCGGGCGAUGGAGUUUGUCAGUGAUCGGAUGGAGCAGUUUUCUAUUGCCGAUCGCAUGACACUUUGUAAUAUGGCGAUUGAGGCUGGUGGUAAGAACGGCAUCUUUCCUCCGGAUGAAAUUACGUGUGCUUACGUCCGAGCACGAACAACGAAGCCGUUUGAUGUGUUCCACACCGACUCGAAUGCCUCAUUCUACACGGACCGACAGUACGACUUAUCCAAACUGGAGCCUGCGGUAGCGAAACCACACAGCCCCGAUAAUUUAGAUCUUGCCCGCAAUUGCGAGGACGUGAAGAUUACGCGAGUGUACAUUGGCUCUUGCACUGGCGGCAAGACGGAGGACUUUGUUGCCGCAGCGCGGAUUCUCGACGGGCGUCAGGUACGUGUUCCUACGUUUCUUGUUCCGGCCACACGCCGCAUCUAUGAAGACCUGGAAACCAGAAAACUUAACGGCAAGACUCUGAUGCAGAUUUUCAAGGACGCGGGAUGCCUUCCGCCGGGUGCCCCGAGUUGCGCAGCGUGUCUGGGAGGUCCGAAGGACACCUUUGGGCGUGCGAACGGGCCCGAGGUCGUUGUGAGCACCACAAAUCGGAAUUUUCCAGGCCGAAUGGGCGACAAAUCGAGUGCGGUCUUCCUCGCCUCGCCCUAUACUGCCGCUGCUAGUGCCAUCACAGGGCAUAUCACGGAUCCACGUCGUGUCUACGACUUUGACCGAGUGCGGCACCCGCUCGAGACGUACGGCCUCUCGUAA